CAACCGCAGGCUCCAUGAACCACGUGACCCUCCGGUGUCUGGGCGUGUCUUGCUUUGUCUUUAUCUGGCUCUUGGUAAACCAUGGAACCCAAUGUUCUGUCCACUCUCUUUCCAACACCGCUCAACCGAUUACUCCGUUCCGGGUUUCCGUCGUGAAAUGAAACGGGUUCCACCGCUUCUCACGUCGAGCCGGAGGGGGUGUGUUCGUGAGGUCACGACGCCGACGUUUACUGAUUGGUCACAUAUCCGCGCCGUUUCCAUGGUUUCACCUCACCUGCGGGACUCAACAGAAAGAAGUUGCGGGGAAGACGUGAAGAUAAAAUAAGUCCUCUCGACGUCAGAGUUCACCAGUAGUCCGACUUCUGAGAUGGCCUUUCUAAACCGGCGGCCCAACCAGAAGAUGAUCUCCGCCCACCUGGCGCAGGAGCAGCAGAAGGAGGAGCAAGGAAGGAGCAUCAAGAGAGACCUGCAGAUCAGAGCCGGCCUCCUGUCCGAGGAGAAGACGGAGCAGAGGAGACUUCACCGCAGGAUGCAGCACGAGGUGCACGAGAGAGAUGUCCAGGAGGCUCUCCUCAAGUCAGAGGAGGAGCGGAGGAACAAGGAGAAGCAGCUGGAGCAGGAGGAGCGGCUGGCCAUAGAGCUGGCCCGCAUCGACCACGAGACCCAGAGGGACGACAAGAUGAGGCAGCACAUCAAGGCCAACAGCCUGGAGCUCAGAGAGCUGGAGUCCAAGCUGCGGUCUGCGUAUCUGAACCGGGAACGGGCCGCGCAGAUCGCUGAGAAGGAGAGCAUGAGGUUUGAGACCAUGCGCGAGGAGGCCGACUUCGCCCGUCAGAUGAAGAGCGAGCAGCAGCGUGCGGGGGCGGAGCAGGAGAAGCAGGAGGCGCAGCAGAGCGAGGAGGCGGCGCGCCACCGGAGGGAGCUGGAGCAGCAGCUCCUGGAGAAGGAGCGACGGCGAGAGGAGGCCUACGAGGAGUUCCUCCAGGACAAGCUGCUGGUGGACCAGGUCGUCAGGAAGAUCUACGAGGAGGACCAGAUGGAGAUGCAGCUGAAGCUGGAGAAGGUGCUGGCCACGCAGCAGUACAUCGAGGAGUUCAAGAAGCAGCGGGCCGAGUGGCGGCGCCUGGAGCAGGAGAAGAACGACGCGGAGAACCAGCGCAUCAGGGAGUUCUCCAACUACCAGAGGCAGACGGAGGAGACCCGGGCGGCCCGCAUGCAGGAGAGGGAGCAGGCCAAGCAACACAUCCUGCAGAUGCUCUCCGACCAGCACGAGGCGGAGAGGCGCCAGCGGGAGGAGAUGGAGCAGGUCCGCCAGGAGCUGUGUCUGGAGGAGCAGGCGGAGGCCGUGAGGAGGAAGGACAUCGAGGAGAUGGAGAGGACGAUCCGCCAGCGGCUGGUGUACCAGCAGACCUGCCAGCAGCAGAUGCGCUUCAAGGAGCUGCGCCGCCGCGAGGAGCAGGAGGAAGAGGAGGCCUUCCGACGCACCAUGAUGGCCAAGUUCGCUGAGGACGACCGCCUCGAGCAGAUGAACGCCCAGAGGCGCCGGAUGAAGCAGCUGGAGCACCGCAGGGCCGUGCAGGAGCUGAUAGCGGAGCGGCGGCAGCAGCACGAGGCCGACAAGGAGCUGGAGGCCCAGGAGCAGGCGGAGGAGCGGGAGCGGGAGGCGGUGCGUCGGCAGAUCAUCGAGGAGGAGCGGCAGAAGCUCCUCAGACACCACGCCACCAAGCUGCUGGGCUACUUCCCCAAGGGCCUGUUCCGGGAGGACGACCUCCAGCACUUUGACGACGAGUUCAGGAGCAACUUCCAGAAGCAGCAGGCGGACAUGUUCUCCGGAGACGACUGGGACGCCGAUGAAUGACCCGUCUUCAGACCGCAGACUGGCUGCAGGACGGCUCACCAGAGCUGAUUGACUUAGAGCACACACAGGGACUAUUCACCUAUUUUCCUAGACUGUAAUGCAUUUUAAUCAUCAUUAAAUUCCAUUAAAAAUGUAUUAAUUUCCUUAAUGAAUUCUGUCACGUGAAGUUGCUGGCUGAUGCAGUACUUUCCACAGCUCUGUCGCUAUUGACUACUAGAAGCGACAGCCUGACAUCGCCGGUCCGUGUGCCCGUCCGCUACCACCUUUCCGUAGAGGCUCCUUGGGACGCGACGGGUCUCCGGUGUAGUGGUGUAACCUCUCCACAUGGUGGCGUCAAAGAUCUUCGUUCCGGUGUUGUUGUUAUUAACUAUGGUGUUAUUAACCGUGAUACGUAGCUUACAUCAGUUUUGUUCGUCCAGAUAAUCAUGAAUAAUUCUGUAAAUUUGGUUAAAUUAAGUAGGAGUCGUUCUCUGUAAUACCCAUACUGCUCAGUCUACUGUUGCGCUGUUCCUGCUUUUUUUUUUUUAAGAAUUUUAAAUGGAUCAGUUAAAUUCAAAAUGUUUAUUACAUACGCGCAUUACUUGUGACAAAUGUAACAGUUCCCAAUGCAUACUCUUUUAUUAAAGUUGCAAUUACAUUAUGGCAAUAAACGGUUAGAUGACAUACAUAGAUAUCAAACAUCUCUGGCUAAUGUUUGCUAUUUACA